AUACAUUAACUAUGAAACGCAAUCACACCGGAAACUGACGCAGAUCGGACGCUUGAAUACAAUUUGGGAAACUGGUGCCACAUGUCAGACUCAGUGGAAUGCCGAAUAUCUUUAUUAACGAUAUAUUAUUCAGUAUUGUUCAUUCUGACCAAAUUCAAGCCUGUACUCCGAUAUAAAAUAUUAUACAAUCUUCAUCCUAGGCAUCUUGGUAUUUUACAUGCACAGUUACCGCUGUAUGGCUAGCAAAAUUCGCUAGCAACAACCAGUUGUGGGGACGGCUCCUGACUUUUAAGAUUUGUUUCAAAUUAUGUUGUGUUGAAUACCGCUGUGCCAUGGUGGUUAAAAAGAAGACGCCCAAAGUCGAGGCUUUGGUUUUGGACGGAGAGAAACUACGCAAGCUUUUAGCAUCUCUAUCUGUGGAUGGAGGACACGAUGGAGUCAGGCAGGUCGCCAAAACUUUGCAGACCUGUCUGGAGCUCAAAGACCCAGUGCAGCAGAUCCAGCUGGUCAAAAAGGCUGGUUUGCUGCUGGAGGCCCUCUGCGAAGAGCCAUCUGAUGGAGAAAUUUUAGGAGCUUGUCUGAAGACAUUGGCCCUCGGCUAUAUUUCCCUGCAGGCCAAGAAUCCCAUGAGACGUGCCAUUUCCAGUGUUCUGAAUUCACUACCAACCUGGCUCCAGGAACGAACCACAGUUUGUCUGUCCAUGUGCCUCUCAGACUGUUUGUCUGAUCCUUCUCCAGACCAAUAUUCACAUGUUGUGAACACCAUUGCUGGCUGCAUGGAAGGCUUCCCUCUGGGCGAGAGAUGCAUCCAUCAACUCCUUCCAGAAGUUUUGCAGUUUCUCCACAAGGGAUUGAAUGAAUAUCUGAAUCAAAACAGUGUCGCAGGUGGUCACAUUGCUCAAGCCCAGCUGAUGCAUUUCUGUCUGGCGGCAGUGAAAACAUCAAUGCUGGUCAUCCAGCGAUGCCAAGCUUCUAUUAGUUCUGCCCUUACGAUCCACCAGACACUGAAAGACACACUUAGCACCCUGCUGGACUGCUACAUACGCAUUAUUAUUGAUGAGGAGUUUGUGCAAGCAGUUCAGAGUACAUCUGGUAUGGCUGUAGUAGUAUUAAUCAGAUCUGUGAUGGGCUCUGGAGAUGAAGUUGCAUCUGUGGUGUGCAGUUUGCUCCGGAGCUCAGUGUGCGGCUUGGACUCGGUGCCCGUAUGGAUUAAGCAAAGGUGUGAGCCCUUGUGUAGGAGUGCUUGCCUGUCAGGUGUGUCUACAUAUUUGUGUCAUGGGGCCCUGGCCAUGCUAAGUUGGAAGGGCUCCCCCACUGGCCCACACUGGGAAGCACUGCUCCUAUUGGUCCCAAACACACUGCUGGAUCUAGAUGUCACUAUAAAAGAGCCUAGUACUGUUAUGGUGGUAGUUCGGGUCCUGACGCUGUGGAGCAGUGCUGCCUUGGACUGCAUGCGAGGAAAGAGGCAGCUCUGUUCCCUCAGCCUCCAACAGUCACUCUGUGGAGGGUCUGAUUUACACCAGCGCCUCCUUGAGCAUAUCUACUCCCACUGGGAGCAUCCCUUAGAUGGAGUCCGCCACCAAACAUGCUCCCUGUUUCGCAACCUGCUCCUUCUCCAUCAACAUGCCAAAUCUUCCACUUCUGAAGCAAAUCCAGACAGUUAUGUUAUAGAGCUCACACAAAGACUGUUCCAGCUCGAGUGGCACAUGAGAGGAAAGUAUGGAGCUUUAGGCUGCCUUGUAGAACUCUAUGGUGCUGGGUACCUGCUUAAGAUCGAGCCACAACUUCCUUCAUGUCUCCUGAGCCUAAUGAGUGACCAGACCCUGGCUCCAUAUGCCAGUGACCUUCUGGAGAGGCUUUUUAUCAGCCAUAAAGCACAGCUUGCUGCUGAAGCCUCAAGAACAAAACUGACUACUCCAGAAGACUGGAUGGAGAGUUUGCACCGGACAUGGGUUGCACCCCUGCUACAGGUGCUUUGUAGCGGGAGAGUGGACGAGACUAUUUAUAUGCUAGAUAAUUUCCUACCAAAGUUGCUGCGUUGCAGCCCAUCCAGUCUGACACACAUGGUGCAGGCAUUGCAAGACAGACUUUCCUGUGGCAAAGGUUCAGCUGGCAGUAGGGGAGCACUUGGCGCACUUAUGACAUGCUUGCGGGCAGCCAGGUCUCAAGGUGUGAUGCAGACCACAGCAGAGGGUUUAUGGGGGGAGCUGGCUCCUCUAAGUCUGGUUCGACAAGCACUCAUACAUAAGCAUGAUCAAGUGACGAUGGAUGCUUUAGGUUUAGUCUGUGAAAGCAACCGCAGUACUGAGGUUUUAACCUCACAGGAAAUGGAUCUCAUUCAUCACUUCUUGGUUCCCAACCUCAACUGCCAGUCACCAAGCGUCAGGCAACAAGCUGUCAGUCUUUUCAAGAAGAUGCUUUGCAGAGUAAAAGACAGUACACAACUGUUGCUAAAGAGACAGAGCCAAGAGAGAGACCAGGAAAAAAAAGCCAAUGACCACCAGACUCUAUGUCUUUAUAAGGAAUUCCUCCAUCAGCUAUGUACAAAGUUGUUUGAUGUUUUGGUUCCGGGAGCGUCAUUCUCUAAAUGCCUCAUGUCCCUCCACUUGCUUGGUCUACUGGCUGAACUCUUCACUUUUGGUACUGGGCCUGAUGGGUUUGGGCUUGGUGAAGUUGUGACCUCUACCUAUGCUCAGAAUGUUCUCCACUGUGUGGCAAGCAACUUCCUGGAAGUCAAACUACUGGCUACAAAGUUGCUACAGAAACUUCCUCUGUCAGCAGUAGAACUAGAGGAACCACAUAUGAUGUGUGGUAUACUUAAGGCUGCACUGGAGCUGAGCACCAGCACCAAUCCUUUUGACAGUGUAACAGCUGCCCACCUGCUCAACCUUCUGCUCCACCAGCCCAAUUUGAGUCAGGCUCUACAAAACUGUGCCCAAGAGCAGGGACUUGACUUCCAGCCUCCUUCCUCAUUGCCGCAGGCACCUGAUGUUCAGGAGCUUAAUACUUUAUCAGUGAUUCGGUUCUUGCUGUGCUGUCUGGAGUUAGAGGUCUUCAAAGCGGAGCAUUGUCUCUUGCAGGCCGCCGCUGCUUUUCCUCUCUAUGGCCGAGCCCAUUGCAUCACUGCGGUCCUUCAGAAUCUCAACACAGAGUGUUUGUGUCAUACAGAGGAGUGGAGGCGACUGGUGUCAGAGCUCAUCACCAUAUGUUACAGAGUGUCAGAUGUGGCCUCUCCUGUUGUCCAGAGCUCUGCUCCUGAAGGACUCAUCCCCAUGGAUAUUGGCACAGACUCAUCAGCAGGACUGCAAAGGAUCAUGCAGGAAAUUCAGCCAAGGGACACGAAUGAUUUCUUUACCAGUGCCAGAGAGCUAGAUACACAUGAUGAAGAGGACGAGGAAGAAACCCAGACCACACACACAGUGUCACCACACACCGGUGGUGAGGGCUACCGGGUGACAGCCCAGAUGGUGCUGGUGUGUUGCUGGCGGAGCAUGAAGGAAGUGGCUUUGCUGCUGGGGCAGCUGUGUCAGAGCCUCCCACUGCACUACACUAAUGACAACACACACACACAUCCUGGGCUCAUCACAGAAGAACAGGUGGCUUGUAUUGGCUUGUAUUUCCGUCAGCAGCUCUUGCAGUCCCGUCAUCGUGGUGCCUUUGAAUUGGCGUAUGUGGGCUUUGUUCGCCUCACUGACAUGUUAUGCAGGAGUGGAAGUAGAGUUCUGCAACAGCUUCCAGCAUGCUGGCUAUCUGAGGUUUUGCAAGAGGUCAAAUCUAGUGACCAGUCGUCCAAACUAUGUGCCACACGACGCAGCGCUGGAAUACCUUUCUAUAUUCAGGCUCUUCUAACUUCUGAGCCAAAAUCCUCCAGUUGCAGUCUUUUGAAAAGGACCAUGGGAGAGCUGAUUACCCUUGCCAUGCCUGUUGUUGACAGAAACACAGAUACUUCCACCGUUCCUCAGGUCCACGCUCUCAACAUCCUGAGAGCUCUUUACAGAGACACUCGUCUGGGAGAAAACAUAAUUUGUUUUGUGUCUGAUGGAAUGCAGGCUGCUAUACUUGGCUUCACCUCUCCUGUGUGGGCAGUAAGGAAUUCUUCAACUCUUCUCUUCAGCACUCUGAUCACAAGGAUCUUUGGAGUGAAGAAAGGGAGGGAUGAACAUUCAAAAAAAAACAGAAUGACUGGUCGUGAGUUUUUCACUCGUUUCCCAGCCCUCUAUCCAUUUCUCUUGAGCCAUCUCAAGGAAGCAGCCAUGUCAGUGGAAAGUGACAGUGGUCAAGUGAAGCUGCAUCCCAGUCUCUUCCUGUUGCUGCUGGUGCUCAGCCGACUCUACCCGUUUACAAUGGAUGGCUCUGCUUCACCUCUGGGACUUGCCCGGUUCAUGCCAUUCAUUAUCAGAUCUGGUCAUUCAGCAGUAUAUCGUACCAGACAGAUGGCGGCACGAGCCCUAGUUCCUUUUGUACUUAUUACCCAGGUCUCGUCAACUGUACACACUUUACUUCAAGAGCUUCCGAAAGACCCAGGACCCCAAAUCCAACACAACUACAUUCAUGGGACCCUUCUACAGGUACUGUUUCUGCUCCAGUCUUACCAGAGUGAGUCACACAGACCCCUGCCAGCAGGAAAUGGAAUUGGUGAAGCUGUCCUUCAGCGCAUGUGGCUCGCCUCUCGUGAGAAUAAGUGUGUGGUUACCAGAGGAGCCUUUCUAGAUGUGUUGGUGUGUCUGUGUGGAUCAAAGAUUAGCCUUCUGUGUGAUUCAGAGGUUAACAAGCUCCGUCAAGAGACGCUGUCUGUUCUGUUGACCUCAACCUUGGUCACCAACAGCAGCGCCACAUCCAACCAGGAGCCUGCCUGCAUCCAGUACAUGCUCAGCUUGACAAGGAUUGCCCUCAGUGCCAGCAUUGAGAUCCCUGAGCUAUGGGGGAGGCAUCACCACACAACUCAACUCUUGGAAAGUCUGCUAAAUUGUCCGCAGUAUGAGGUGAGGGAGUUGGUUCUUGAGAGGGUCUUGAUGAGACUUAAAGAGGAGGAAGACCAGGAGGGGCCACCUACAUGGCUCAAUGAGAGGACCGUGUUGAACCUGACGAGCCUAGCUCUUCAUGAGAGACACCCCCAGUGUCUGGCGAAGGUGCUCCAGGUUUUGAGUGUGUUGCAGUGUGAUGGUGAGUUCCACUGGAUGGAUGGUGAGCAGGAUUUGUCUCAGGAAAAUUUUCUGCUGCACCUGCUUAACCUGGCUCAGAAGACUGCUCAUAGUGUGGAGCUGUAUUGUGCAGCCAUGACACUGCUGUCUCAACUAGUAGUUCCAGUUGCAAAGUCUGACUCAAAGGGUCCAAGUAUAGUGACUUGCUCGUCUCAGUGGGUGGCACUAGUGUGCUCAUCCUGCAAUGAGGAGCAGCCUGUGGAAGUAAAGCUGAUGGUUGCCAAGGUUUUGGUCAACUCAACAGCCACACUAAUGGCCAGCUCUGAGCUGCCACUUGGUCUGGUCAGCACAGUGUCUCUGUGGAGGAGCUUGUUUAUGCUGUUACAGGAUGAAGACCAGGAAGUUCGCAGUUCUGCCUCCGACUUCAUUGCUAAUGCACCAAGUCAUCUGAUUAAUGCAGAGGUGACAGGCAUGACGGUGUGUCCUCCUGUAGCCCUGGACGUCGGAGUGAGGCUCUUGUGUUGCCUGUUCGAUCUGUGGAAGCAGAUACCAGCAGGCGUCCUAGCUCUGACAGAGUGGCUCCUGGGAGAGGGAGAAGACAAAAAGGACAGAGAUGCAGAUGACACCUCCAGUCUGGAUGAAGAGGACUUCCUGUUUGAAAAGGGCGAACUUAACCUGUGGGCCGAGCCAAUCCAGUGGGUGAAGCUACUUCACAAACACCUCAUUUCCCACAUUCUCACAUACAACCAGACCAGAGAUUCGGGACGUGCAGAUCUGGAACAGGUUCGGGCUCAAAUAGACACAUUGGCCUUCAAUGCCCGAGCCAAACUGUUGAGCUCCAAACAAGCCCUGGACUCCCUCCCAGUCUUCCCCCAGUUCUCCUGCCCAAUGGAGCACGCCCGACUGGUACUGCACCAGCAGAGGGCCACUCUGGCUUUGGAUGUGUUGGACACGCUGAGAGGAGAAACUGAGUAACAUCUCAAUGUCGGAAAAACUAUCACGCAGCUUUUCUUGGGUGACUGUAACAAUCUCAGAUGGGAUGUUUUUAAUCAUAUAUUUACUCUCUGUGCACCUCGUUGAUUUUAAAUUUUGACUGUUUUCCAUUAUUGUCUGAAAUGAAACUUUUUCAAAAAUUAAUUUUGAAUUGUUAUUUUCCAAAAUGUUUGGCAAAACACAGUUGGAAAUGACACAAGGUUCUGGCAAAAGAUGAAUGUGUUGUAGUCUUGUUGAUACUCCAUCCAUCCAUUUUCCAUACCCUUUAUCCUCACUAGUCCCGCGGGCAUGGUUGACCUUAUCUCAGCUGAUGUUCAGCAAGAGGUUGGAUACACCCUCAACUCGUCACAGGGCACAUAUAGACAACCAUUCGCACUCACAAUUUCACCUGCAGGCAAUUUCGUCUUCAGUUAAUGUAGCAUGCAUUUUUGGGGAUUUGGGAGGAAACCAGCGUACCUGUAGAAAACUCAUGGCAGAUGUGCUGAUGGAAGCUUCCAGCGCCUCAUCCAGAUUGCAGAUUGCGAGUACAGUUGUGUUCAAAAUAGCAGUCCAAUGUGACUAACCAGAUUAAUCCACGUUCUGAGUUUAUUUUUUAUUGCUACAUGUCAAAACAAGUUGCCAGUUGCUGCAGUCGAUUCUCAGAAAACCAACAAGACCCAGCAUUCAUGAUAUACACACACACUCUUGAGGCUGUCCAAUUGGGCAAUUUGUUGAAAGGGGUGUGUUUGGGGAAAAAAAGACUUUACAAAGUUUUUUUUUUUGUUUCUAGGAUUUACCAAUCCUUUGAAUCACUAAACUAAUAUUGUGUUGUAUGACCACAGUUUUUCAUAAGUCAACCAACUUGUGGCACCUUUCAGCUGUGUAUUCCACUCCUAGAUUCCUGAAACGACAUUCCACAAUUCAUUUACGUUUCUUGGUUUUGCUUCAGAAACUGCAUUUUUGAUGUCACCACACAAGUUCUCACUUGGGGAUUGGGGUGGCUACUCCAGGAGAUUAAUUUUUUUGGUUUGGAACGACCCAUUUUCCUUGGGUUUUUAAGAAGAAAUGCGUGUUCAACAGAUGCCAGCUUCAUCCUUAAAUAGAGGUCCCCUGAUUCGCACCCGUUUUUCGCAAAAUUGAUGACCUCACUCACAUUGCAUUUUUUUUUAACACAAUAGCCCAAUUCCACAGUCUUAAUUGAGAGUGUGUAUAUCAUGAAUGCUGAGUCUUAUUAGCUUUCUGAGAAUCUACUGGACCUACUGUGAACUUGUAUAACAUGUAGCAAUAAAAAAUAAAUUGAACAUGUGGAUUAAUCUGGCUAGUCACACUGGACUGCUAUUGUUUUGAAUACUACUGUAUACGUUGACUUCCUUUAUUUUCCCGGUGUUUAAUGAUUCUUCCAAUUGGACUUUGUUUGUGUCAUUCCCUGUCGGUAUAUAAUGUAGAGGACAGCACAAUAGACUAGUGUCAGUUAUGCCCAUGUGUGUUCAUGGUGCCCACAUACUCAUCGACCUUUCUCCCUCACUGGUAUCCAUCUUCCUUGUUACAGUAAAAGUGACGUAAUGUUUUGAAACUGCUCACCAUCCCCUAAUAAAAACAAAGUUGUCUGAUUUAGAGCGCUUCCUGCGGACAAGAACACAUUCAAGGGAUUUCUCAAGAACUUUGCCGAGUCUGUCCUUCACAUUAAACUGUUUAUCUCAAGUGCAGAGAGCAAAUAGGGCAACUGAUCCUCGAACAGCUCUCAGCCUAUUUUUAGGUUGGUAGUAGUAGAUUCCAAAGUCUUAUGUCAUUUUUUUUCCCCUGCCUGUUUCUGUUUCCUUCACCUCUUUCCCUUCGUCAACUCUGGAGAAUAUUAAAUCAUGUCAGAGACAGAAAAAUAAACG